AUGGGUCAAACCCAAGCUAUUAUUCCAGAUCAAGUGCAAGAGCAGGGAGUUCAGAACACUCCACCACCAGUGCCAACUGUUGUACCUACUGUUGCCUUACCUGCAGAUGCAGUGGCAAGGUUAUUGAAUGUGUUAGAGGCAUUGGUGCCUACUCAGGGCGGAAGUUCAGCUCCUCAAGCUACUUCACAAACACAAGCACCUGCACAGACUCAGACUUUCGGGAAUAAGGAAGUAUCCCUACACGAGUUCCUGAAAUUGAUAUCACCAAAAUUCACAGGUUCCGAUAAUUCAGCAGAUCCUCAAAGUUUCUUGGAUGGGACACUUAAGGCAUUACGUGCUCUUGGAUGUUCUAGUGAGAGAGCCGUGGAGCUCGCAGCAUACAAACUAGAGGAUAUGGCCAACACAUGGUAUGCAACUGUAUUGCUAGGAAGGCCGGCAGGAGCACCACCACUGACAUGGGACGAGUUCACUAAGUUGUUCAAGAAUCAUUUUCUUCCAGACAGUCUGAUGCAACAACAUGCUAGAGACUUUGAGAGAUUGGUUCAGACUCCAGAUAUGGAUGUGUCAACAUAUAACACUAAGUUUUGUAAACUGGCUAUAUAUGCUUCUCACUUAGUGCCUACCGAAGAAGCUCGAAUUCAGAGGUUUAUUGAUGGAUUGGUUGGUCGUCUAUACACUGCAGUAGCCCCACAGAUGAAGACUUUAUCCUACUCUGAUGUAGUCGACCUUGCUAGAAAGAUUGAAAACAAGGGACGUGAAGAGCGUGCAACUAGUGAAUUACGUACAGGAAAUAGAGGUCGAGGUGCUGUAGACCAUGCUACUGUGAAUCAAGGACAAGGGAAUGCUGGUAGAGUGGUUACAGGUAUUCUUUCUGUCUGUUCAUUUGAUGCACUUGCGUUGAUUGAUCCGGGAUCUACUCACUCCUAUGUGCCCUCGUACUUUGCUUUGAGAUUUAGUAGACAACCCGAACUAUUGAAUGAUCCUUUUCUAGUUGCUACUCCUGUCGGAGAGUCUCUAUUAGCUGAAUACGUGUAUCAUGCUUGCCAGAUUCGGGUUGAGGUCGAUUUUCAUGCAAAGAUAGUAAGGUUUGAGAUACCAAAUGAACCUAGUUUUAUUCUAAGAGGGAGUCAGGUUCCAGAGACUUGCAAAAUUGUAUCUUUUAUUAAAGCUCAACGACUUUUGAAGAAAGGUUUCUUGGGUCUCUUAUCUAUUGUAAAUGACACAAGAAAGGAAAUAGUUAGUAUAGAAAAUGUACCAGUAAUGAGAGAAUUUUCUGAUGUAUUUCCUGAGGAUUUACCAGGAUUGCCUCCGGUACGAGAAAUAGACUUUGAUAUUGAUUUGCUACCUGACACACAACCCAUAUCGAUACCCCCAUAUCGAAUGGCGCCAGCAGAGUUGAGGGAGCUAAAGCAACAGUUACAAGAUUUGAAGAAAGACGGAUCCCUGAGAAUGUGCAUUGACUACAGGCAGUUGAACAAGAUAACAAUACGCAAUAAAUAUCCUUUGUCCCGUAUAGAUGACAUGUUUGGUCAGUUACAAGGAGCUGCCCGCUUUUCAAAGAUUGACCUCCGUUCUGGUUAUCAUCAACUUAGAAUCAAAGAUGAAGAUAUUUCUAAGACUGCUUUCAGAACUCGAUACGGGCACUAUGAGUUUCUCGUGAUGCCUUUCGGACUGACUAAUGCUCCAGCGGUAUUCAUGGAUUUAAUGAAUAGGGUGUUCAAGCCGUUUCUGGAUAGAUUUGUAAUAGUAUUUAUUGAUGAUAUCCUGAUAUAUUCUCGUAGCCAAGGAGAACACGAGGAUCAUCUCAGUACUGUGCUGCAGACAUUGCGAGAGCAUCGGCUUUAUGCUAAGUUCUCGAAGUGUGAAUUCUGGCUAGACUCGGUAGCAUUUCUGGGAGAUUCGCAGCUUUUUAAGCUUAGCAGCCUAUUACAGGCAUUUUGUGCAGGAUUUCUCCAGAACAGCAGUGCCGCUGACCAAGCUAACAUAGAAAAAUGCAAAGUUUCAGUGGACAGAGGAAUGUGA